AUGACUGGUAUGUUAUCCCCCGCCGUUAGGCAUGUGCGACGCGAUGUGCCUGUUACUCACCCCAUCUCAGACGAGACGCGACGCUCCGGAAGAGCCACCAAAGGCCAACACACCAAGGAUCGCGAUAUUACGGAAGCAGCCCCAAAGAAGAAGGGAACUGCGAAGAAGGUCAACAAGACCAGGCCUGUGGAAGAGGAAGAGGAGGAAGAGCCCGAGGAGAAGAUCCGCUGCAUCUGCGGCGAAUAUGAGGAAGAAACCGAUAUCCCACGCGCCAUGGUCUGCUGCGACAACUGCGACGCGUGGCAGCACAAUGAUUGCAUGGGCUUGCCCGAGGACUACGAGGCUGACAGCUACUUCUGUGAAGAAUGCAAGCCUGAGAAUCACAAGCCCCUCGUUGCCGCGAUCAAGAAAGGCCAGAGACCAUGGGAAGAGGCUGCUAAACGACGCGCAGCACUCAUCGAGGCCGAAAGAUCGGCAAAGAAGAAGGGAAAGAAAGGCGGUCGUAAGAGCGCGGCCGCUGAGGAGGCCGAGGGCUCGGCGACUCCGACCACCGGUCAGAAACGCAAGGCCGAGGAGUCGCCAGCACCAUCAGAGACCAAAGUGAGUUGCUACGACACCAAUGCGUCGGCAGUGCUGACAUUCACUCAGGGCAAGAAGGCCAAGGGCACUCCGCAAGCCACUCCCUCCGCAGAGCCGGCUGCCAGAGGCAGAAAAGCCGCCACUGCUACUCCCAUUCCUCCAUCCCCAUCUCCAGCAGUUCAAGCAGCUCCAGCAGCCCCAAAGGUUCCGAAGGAUGCAAAAGAGCUACCGCAGAAUAGGAAGGCUCCGGGACAAAGUCUUGUCAAACUAUUCAUAGACCAAACUAAACUCGCCGCAAAAGAUGGCUUUGCCGUGCCCCAGAACCAGACCGCUGAGAGUUAUGGCACACAUCUAGGCUUACUUGUUGAAAAUGCCAUCCAUGAGCAUUCUGCAGGGACGCCCACCGAGCAAGAAACCUACAAAACGCAGCUGCAGGCGGUCCUGCUCAACAUCAAGAGAAAUCAACCUCUGAGCAACAAGAUAGUCCGAGGAGUGGUGACGCCCGAGCAACUCAGCAGCAUGAACUCGGCUGAAAUGGCUAGUGAUGAGCAGAGACUUCGGGACGCUGAGAUGCAAGCACAAUUGGACAAGCAGAGCACACUUGUUGGUCAGGAGGAGCCAGGACCAAGAAUCAGACGCACACACAAAGGCGAUGAGUAUGUGGAAGACUUGAACAAGUCGUCAGUGGCAGAAAGCGAACCAAAACCAGCUCCUGUCCGGUCGGCAAGCGACGUGAAGAGCCCAACAAGUGGUCGGCGCCAACCUUCAGUCACCAUCCCCAACCGGCGGACAUCUGGCGACCCACGCCGCCAGUCCUCGGUGUCCAACUUCGAUAUUUCCAACGUCUACUCGAAUGUGCAGGGUUCUCCUAUCGGGGACCAACGCUUUGGUGAGCUACCCAGCCAACCCUCCAACGAAGUUGCUGGUCCUGGAGCGCGCCCCGAUGCCGAUAUCGACAACCUGCUCAAGGAUGAGGAUGCCUCUGGCCGCUCUUCACCCCCUUACUCGCCUCGCGCUGCCGACGAGGAUGGUGCAGUCUGGCGGGGCAUCAUUAAUGGCGGGAAUGUUGGACGCUUUCACAACACCUUCAAAUUCGCUGCCGGUGCACCCAUCGACGCACCCACCCUUCGUCUGACCUGGGAACAAUUGCUUCCCAACGAGAUCGGCAUAAGCGGUCGUAUUGACCCUAGCAAAGCGGAUGACUACCUCUGCGGUCUUGAGUUCAGCACCACGUCCGACCUGAUUGUUCUUUGGAUGGGCCUGCCGCCCAAUCCAGCUGAGGCGGACCAGUUCGAGAAGUUCUUCACCUACUUCAAGAGCAAAGACCGCUUCGGUGUUGGCGCACAGAACCACAACCCCGCGCUCAAGGACAUCUACUUUAUUCCGCUGGAGAAGGGCGCACAGAUGCCGACUUUUUUCAGCAACCUGCAAAGCGACUUCCCGCAUCAGGUGCAGGAGCGGAUGAUUCUCAUUCCGCUGGUGAUCAAGAACAGCGAGCUGCCGCAUGUGACAGACAGUCCGGCGGUGGGAGGCACGCUGAUGCAGACGCCCAUCACGCCCCGCGACAGCUGGCAGCCGGACGCCGUCAACGGCGGCGUCCCACCUCCAGCAAUGGCAUCCCACGGUUCAGGCCUACCAGGCCCCAUGAACGGAGGCGGUAGCGGCGCAUCUACCCAGCAACACCAACCUGGCUACCCAGCGCAGCCAGGCCACCAGCAGCCUCCCUUCCCCACUCCAUCGCCUCACCAGCAGCAACAGCAACAGCAACAGCAACCACUCCCGCCUCAUCAGAUCCCCACUCCGCACCAGCCAUCACAAAGCCCGGCCCCUGCACCCCCUCAAAACGCAUCGCAAGCCGCGCACGCAGCCUACAAGAUCCUCGGACCCUACCUAUCCCUCGCGCCGGCCGUGCAGCAGCUGGUGUCGACGGCGCCCUCGGCCGGCGAGCAGGAGAUGAGCGUCGUCAAAGAGUGCAUCGCCGACAACCCCGCCGCCGCCGAGCAGCUGGACGUACUGACGCAGAUGCUGACCCGGAAAUGGGAGGGCCAGCAGCAGUCGCAGUCGCAGCAGGGUGCCAACGGGAGCACUAAUGCCGGAGGUCUAGGGGCCGCGGCGGCGGCGGCGGCGGCUGGAGGUGGUGAGGCGGCGGGGAGUGCGCAGGCUGCUUGA